AUGCCUCAAAUUGUUGAUUUGGACAAGCUUACUCGGGAUCCAAUUAAAAGGAAGAGAAUUACAGAUUACCAUCCCAAUCAGCAUGAGGAGAUUAGGAGAAAGUACUUGACAUGGGGACCAUAUCAGCCUCGCGCACCAAAGUUUAAAGCAAGGAUGAUUGGAAAGAGUAAGCGUUACUUUAAUCCUGAUUGGUAUGAUCUGCAUGGUAAUUGGUUAGAGUACAAUGAGGUACACGACAAGGCAUAUUGUUUGUGUUGUUACUUGUUCAGGGACAACAUUAAAGGUAACAAGGCUGGGCAUGAUGCAUUUGUGAUAGAAGGCUUUGUCAAUUGGAAGAAGGGACUAGAGAGAUUUGUUGUUCAUCUGGGUGAUCGUGAUAGUUUCCACAACAAGGCGCUGAAAAAUUGUGACGAUUUAAUGAAAAAAGCUCAGUCAAUCCCUGCAGCCUUGCAUAAACAGAGUGAGAUGGAAAAAAAUGAGCAUCUUAUCCGUGUAAAUGCCGCAAUUGAUGUCUACAGACACUUGUUGCAUCAAGGACAACCAUUUAGAGGCCAUUAUGAGUCAAAAGAGUCUAUAAAUAAAGGGAAUUAUCAGGAGUUGAUGGAUUAUACUAUUGCGCAUAAUGAUGUUAUAGCCAAGGCAUUCAAAAAUGCUCCGGCAAAUAAUCAGAUGUUGUCUCCAAUGAUUCAAAGGUAUAUCACUGAAUGCUUUGCAGAAGAAAUAUUGGGUUGUAUCUUGAAGGAGAUUGACAAUGGUGCAUUCAGCUUAUUGGUUGAUGAGUGUCGUGAUGUUUCUGACAAAGAACAAAUGGGAGUGGUUCUGCGAUAUGUUGGUAAAUGUGGCGCGCCAUAUGAGAGGUUUGUUGGUGUUGCUCAUGUGGAGGAGACAACAACUGCUUAUCUUAAGUCUACAAUUGAUUUUAUGAUGGCAAAACUUGGUUUGAGUCUACAACAAGUGAGAGGUCAAGGUUAUGAUGGAGCCAGCAACAUGUCAGUUGUGGCCAUUGCAAAGAAGAUAAUUGAUGUUGGAGAUUUUUUUGACAUGAUAUCAUUACUAGUAACUGUGGUUGGAUCUUCUUGCAAGAGAAAGGAUAUUCUUAGAGAGAAUCAUCGAGAAGAAAGGAAGGACAUGGACAUUGCUAAUGCUAUAUCAGAUGUGGAAUCUAUCAAGCGAGAGUUAGAAAAGCUUAGAUCUGAGCAUGGAUGGAGUUCUCUUAUGAAGAAGCUAGUGCUAACUCUCCCAAUUGCCACCGCAAGUGUUGAGAGAUGUUUCUCAGCUAUGAAGUUUGUGAAGAAUGCUUUACGUAACAAAAUGGGUGAUGAAUAUUUGAGCCAUAGCCUCAUUUGCUUUGUAGAAAAGGAAUUGUUGGAUAAUAUUCCUAAUGAGUUAAUAGUUAAACGCUUCCACGGGAUGAAAGAACGUCGUGGGAUGAAACGAAAGGUUGCAGGCUAG